CUUCAAGUCGAUAUCAACACGACAACUUCAAAUCCGCUCACCAUGUCGACCAUGAAGGUGAAGACCGGCCAGCUCUGGGGCAAAAACAAAGACGAGCUUAUGAAACAGCUCGAUGAGUUGAAGACGGAAUUGGGUCAAUUGCGGGUUCAAAAGAUUGCUGGUGGUGCCGCAUCCAAGCUUACUAGAAUUCACGAUCUUCGCAAAGCGAUCGCACGAGUCCUCACAGUCAUCAAUGCUAACCAACGCGCCCAACUCCGACUUUUCUACAAGAAGAAGAAGUACCUCCCUCUUGAUCUCCGACCAAAGCAAACCCGCGCCAUCCGCAGACGACUCACGAAACAUGAAGCUUCAGUUAUCACAGAGAAACAACGAAAGAAGCAAAUGCAUUUCCCGCAGCGCAAGUAUGCUGUGAAGGCUUAAAUUUGGAGUGGUUGCGGAGUAUAUGUUUCAAGCUUUCUUAUCAUGAUAAUAUGUUGCAACAUGUAUCUAAAACGAUGCACUUAGCAACAAUGAUGAAAAUCACUUUAGCUGUCCUCCCUUUCACCAUUCCAGCUGUUGAAGCUAUUCCAUCUUAACUGCUGCUAAACUCCUGCACAUGGCUACUUUUCCAUGUCAAGGUUUGUGUCGUCUUGUCCUAAUACAAUACCUUCCCUAAAAAACGAACCAUAUCUGGAUUUAGUUUCGGUCAGCCUGCCUUUGUUACGGCUUGACACCACGAGUUUCAUACUUUGAUGUCGUCUACACUGAGUAUUUUGGGGUCAACUUAUUGUUGAAACGCUACUAUAAAGAUCAGCAAGGACUUAAGCCUAUUAACUUCUAUAGCAGGCCCCUCAGUCUUAGUUGCGUUGGAGUUUCAAGACACUGUGCAGGUUUGGUUGGAAGGAGCCCGGAGUAGGGUGGUCUGUGGAUAGCAGGAGGAGUUAAAAGGAUUUCUCUACAAGAGAUUGGAG